AUGACGAAAUCAAGCAAGGGAAACCUUAAUGUUGUGGAAGAAAUUUACAAUCAGAUACCAGCAUUCACGGAUGUGUUCUCUGAAGAUACAUUCUAUAUUUUUGUGGCUAUAUUUGUUUCUUGCACUAUUAUGGUUGCCUUUAUUUUGUCUAGAUUUAUUACAAUUAAACCAGUAGAAUAAUGUAGUUUAAAAAGAAAAAAAUGAGGCAAUAAAAUGUUAACUUGAA